CUGAGAAUUGUCGAGCAAUAUGGCACCACUCAACGAUAGCCACCCGGCCACUCAGGCCUUGCAUGCAGAUGAUCGAUUGAACAUGGUGCACGAUGUUGCACCUCCAAUCCAUCUAUCCACAACGUUCAGAUACUCGAACAAUCCAGAUGAGCUGGUCUUGUCAGAGGAUCCAGUCGCGGAAUUCAACGGAAAAAACUACGUCUACUCUCGCGAGUUUGCGCCAAAUGCCACUCGCUUUGAAGCAAUUCUCUCUCCUCUUCUCAAAGGUCAUGCCGUGAGCUAUGCCACGGGCUUAGCCGCUCUACACGCCGCAUUGACUCUCCUAAACCCCCGGCAGAUAUCCGUGGGCGAAGGCUACCACGGGAGUCACGAAGUCAUCUCGGUGGUCUCUCGCCUUUCGGGUCUCAAAAAGCUCCCCAUUGACUGCCCCAUUGAGAGCCUGAACGAAGGUGACGUCAUCCUCCUCGAGACUCCAAUCAACCCCUUCGGAACGGCCUAUAACAUCGAAGAGUAUGCUCAAAAGGCACAUGCCCGUGGAGCCUUCCUUAUUGUCGACAGCACUUUCGCACCUCCUGGCUUACAAGACCCGUUCCUGUGGGGUGCUGACAUUGUCAUGCACUCCGGGUCAAAAUAUUUCGGCGGACACAGCGAUAUGCUCUGCGGUGUUCUUGCCGUGAAGCGUCAAGAUUGGGCUAAGCAGCUUUUCGAGGAUCGUAUGGCUUUGGGUAACGUCCUGGGAAAUUUGGAGGGCUGGCUUGGUACGCGAAGUCUGCGCACACUCGAGGUUCGAGUACAACGGGCAAGUGAGAACUCGGCAAAGGUGAUUUCAUGGCUUCAUGGUGCUUUGAACGCUCCUUCUCCUGCGCUGGGCUCAGACGAGGAUAUUGUUCAAACUGUUUUACAGAAGAUCUACCAUGCCAGUCUUCAGGAUGAGCCCUGGUUGAAGAAGCAGAUGCCCAACGGGUUUGGUCCCGUCUUCUCCGUGAUUCUACAUAGCGAGGAAUUCGCUCGCAAGCUGCCGAGCAAACUGCAUUUCUUUCAGCAUGCAACAAGUCUUGGUGGUGUCGAGUCUCUGAUCGAGUGGCGAGCCUUGUCUGAUGCCAGGGUGGAUCGGAAAUUGUUGCGGAUCAGCGUUGGCCUGGAGAACUGGGAGGAUCUGAAGAAUGACUUGUUACAAGCAUUCAAGUCCAGUGUGGGUGCUCAGUAAUUCUAAAAUGGCAUUCAUCUUAGCCAAUCCCGACCUAGUCGGCCAAUAUCAAAGAUCCACCGCGACUGGGCCUGCCCGGAGGCAUCCACUUGACGCCAG